UUUUUCUCACUGAUCAAAAAAUAUGCACUACAAAUAUGAACUGACAUGCAUUAAUAAUUAUAGUAAUCUUAAUAGUUGCUUUUCAUUUACAAAAUUCAGUUAAUUCUCACUUGUGACAUCAUAAUUCAAUUGAAUGCAUGUUCCUUUUUGCUACUGGCAAGUGAGAUUCAACGUGAGUUUUUAACCACAAUCGAGACCGUGUGCUUUAGGGAAUUUAAUAGACUCACAUUAAAAAUGAGAUUAUGAACCUGUAUUGUUAUGCGACAGUUUUGUCAUCAAAAUAACAAUUUUGUCACCAAUAUCAAAAUAAGCAGAAAGGAAACACAUUCUUCACAUUCAACAUGUCAAAACAAGCACAUAUUCUGCAUGGGAAAGGAGAAUUGAUACUAGAACUUGAUUUCUCAGUGGGACAAUUAUUAUUAAAACAACUCACAAUACAUGAUACUCGUGUGGCACAAAUAGAUGCUCAUACAGGCAAGGAACAAACGUUCAAAUAUAUUUUAGAUACAAGCCGAAAAUUAGCAAUCUACCUUCAAAAAGAAGGACUGAAAGUAAAUGAUGCUGUAGCUGUAUGUAGUGAAAACAAUCUGGAAUUCUGUAUUCCAGUAUGUGCUACAUUUUAUCUGGGUGCUAUUGUCUGUCCAUUAAACCCAUUAUAUUCCACAGGAGAAUUAAAACAUGCACUUACUAUUACGAAACCAAAGUAUAUUUUUAUUUCUACGAUAGCACUUAAUAACAUGAUAAGUAUAUUCAAAGAGUUACAUUGGUCACCAAGAAUAUUACUGUUAAAUGAUUAUGGUAACAUUGACGUAUCAUGGAUGAGCAUAUGUGAAGCAGUAUCAAGUGUCUCUGAUGACAAUAUAGAUAAGUUUCAAGCUGUUCCUGUUGAUGUAAAUAAUCAUGUAACAGCAAUUUUAUGCUCGAGUGGAACCACAGGAUUACCAAAAGGCGUUAUGUGGACAGACAAAAAUAUUACUACAAUCAUACGCAUGUAUAUUACCAACCCACUUGUUGCAAAUGUUAUGUCCUUGGUAGUGCUUCCAUUUUUCCAUGCAUAUUCGUUUGCCUUGUUGGUGAUAAGAUUGGUAAGUGGAAACAGUGGUGUAGUGUUUUCACGCUUUGAAGAAAAAUUAUUUCUACAAUCAAUAGAAAAGUAUAAAAUUGAAUAUUUAGCAGUAGUACCAUCAAUUAUGGUAUUCCUAGCUAAACAUCCACUUGUGGAUAAAUAUGAUUUAUCUUCUAUUAAACAAAUAUGGUGUGGAGCUGCUCCAUUGUCACAGCAAAUUCAGAGAGCUGUUGCCAAGCGAUUAAAUAUAUCUCAAAUUACACAGGGCUAUGGUUUAACAGAAACUACUUUAGCUGUACUAUACUUUCCAGAUAAUACAGCAGCAAAAUUUGGUAGCGUCGGCAUGUUAGGUCCAGGUGUAUCAGCAAAGAUAAUACCACUUGGAGAAUUUGAGACAGAUGAAACUUUGGGACCGAAUUGUGAAGGAGAGUUAUGUUUUAAGGGAGAUCUAAUAAUGAAAGGCUACUAUAAUGACAAAAAAUCCACUAGUAUGACAAUUGAUAAAGAUGGUUGGUUACAUACAGGAGAUGUGGGAUACUACGACGAAGAAGGAUAUUUUUAUAUCGUCGAUCGUGUAAAAGAACUUAUUAAAUAUAAAGGCUAUCAGGUUCCACCAGCUGAACUCGAAGCGAUUUUGUUGACUUAUUCUGGCAUAAAAGACGCAGCUGUAAUUGGCAUUCCAAAUGAAGAAACUGGAGAAUUACCAAUAGCAUUUGUUGUCAAACAAAAAGGUUUCGAUAUACGUGAGGAAGAUAUAAUCCAAUAUGUGAAUGAACGCGUAUCAAAUCCUAAGCGACUUAGAGGCGGCAUAAAAUUUGUGGAUAGUAUUCCAAAAACUCCAUCUGGUAAAAUAUUACGUCGAGUAUUGCGCAAUAUGAUAUUAAAAUCAAAAAUAUAAAUUUGUUAAAUAUCAAUUUUAUUAUAAUUUUUAUUAUUUUUUAUAAUAUUAUAAUUAUAAUAUUAUAAAUUAUAUUAUAAUAAUAGUAUGUAAUAAUAAUAGUAUAUAAUAUCACUUCCUUAUUAUUAUAUAAUAAUAAUAAUAAUAAUAAUAAUAAUAUAUCACUUCC